CAUCAGCUCGAUGUGAGGAAAUUUCCCACAAGCUCAAGCUGUGUAUAGCAGCUGAUCAAUUUUUCAAAUUUCAACGAAUCAACCAUGCCUAACGAUCUAUACGCUGUAGCUGAUUUCUGUCUUAUUCCUAUGGGUACCGGUGAACCCUCUGUCGCUGGAUAUAUUGCGGAGUGUCAGAGGAUUCUGGAAAAAUCAGGGCUGAAAUACAAGAUGCAUGGAUAUGGAACAAAUCUAGAAGGACCAUGGUCUGAAGUAACAAAGGCAAUUCAUGACUGCCAUCUCGCUGUUCAUGCGCAAGGCGCUCCUCGUAUUGCUACGGAUAUCCGCAUUGGUACACGGACAGAUCGAGAAAUCGCACCAGGCACGGGCAACGAAGCAAAGGUGAAGAGAGUUGAGGAUAUCUUGUCAAAGUGAUUCCGAGUCUGGCUGCUGGUCAAGGAAUUAGCAGCAAGCAAUCUUCGUUCAAUAACUGUAUCAACUUGUAUGAAUGACUGCUAUGUAUGCAUACAACAAUUCCAUCCAGUCCAGUCCAAUCUUCAUAUAUGUAGAUCACUUUA